AUCUCCGGGCGCCCGACUCGGGGGGGCGCUGGGUGUGGGGCGGCUCCGGGGCCGGGGAUGGCGGCGGCCGCGGUGGCGGCGGCUCCGGGACGAGCGGGAGGAGCCGGAGGAGCGCAGUGAGAUGGGCCGGCUCCCGAGCCAGCAGGGAGGACAGUGCUUCUUACUAGAGCUCCUCGGAAGCACCACUGGAAGCUCAGAUGUGGGCGCCCCAGCCAGCUGCAGAGCGGGGUGCAGGGGAGCCACAGCGAAGCCCCUUCUGAUGCCCCAAGGAGCAAGCCGACCCUUUCCAGGCUCCAGGAACACCACAAAGCAAUAUGAAACCUGUUCAUGAGAGGAGUCAGGAAUGCCUUCCGCCAAAGAAACGAGACCUCCCCGUGACCAGCGAGGAUAUGGGGAGAACUACCAGCUGCUCAACUAACCACACACCCUCCAGUGAUGCCUCUGAAUGGUCUCGAGGUGUUGUGGUGGCUGGGCAGAGUCAGGCAGGAGCCAGAGUCAGCCUGGGGGGUGAUGGAGCUGAGGCUGUCACUGGUCUGACGGUGGACCAGUAUGGCAUGCUGUAUAAGGUGGCUGUGCCACCUGCCACCUUCUCCCCAACUGGCCUCCCAUCCGUGGUGAACAUGAGCCCCUUGGCCCCCACAUUUAAUGUAGCGUCUUCACUGAUCCAACAUCCAGGAAUCCACUAUCCCCCAAUCCACUAUGCGCAACUCCCAUCUACUUCUCUGCAGUUUAUCGGGUCUCCUUACAGCCUUCCCUAUGCUGUACCACCUAAUUUCCUACCAAGCCCCCUCCUUUCUCCGUCUGCCAACCUCGCCACCUCUCACCUUCCACACUUUGUGCCAUAUGCCUCACUCCUGGCAGAAGGAGCCACUCCUCCCCCUCAAGUGUCAUCCCCAGCCCACUCAUUCAACAAAGCCCCCUCCACCACCUCCCCACCUGGGCCACUGCCCCAUCACCCAAGUACCCAGCCCUUGGACCUUGCUCCGGGCCGGAUGCCCAUUUACUAUCAGAUGUCCAGGCUACCUGCUGGGUACACCUUGCAUGAAACCCCUCCAGCGGGUGCCAGCCCAGUUCUUACCCCUCAGGAGGGCCAGUCUGCUCUGGAGGUAGCUGCUGCCAAUGGACAAAGACAGCGAGAGCGGAAUUUAGUCAGACGGGAAAGCGAAGCCCUCGACUCCCCCAACGGCAAGGGCGAAAGCCAGGGACUGGUGCCAGUGGUAGAAUGUGUGGUGGAUGGACAACUGUUUUCAGGUUCUCAGACUGCACGGGUGGAAGUGGCGGUGCCGGCACACCGAGGGACCCCAGACACCGACCUUGAGGUCCAGCGGGUGGUUGGCACCUUAGCUUCUCAGGACUAUCGUGUGGUGGCAGCUCAGAGAAAAGAUGAGUCCAGCCCCCUCAACCUGUCCCAUCAUACCCCCGAACAUCAGAGUGAGGGGCGAGGGUCAGCCAGGAACCCAGCAGAGAUGGCGGAGAAAAAUCAGGCCCGAGGUUUCUACCCUCAGUCCCAUCAGGAGUCUGUGAAACAUAGACCUCUACCCAAAGCAGUGGUUGUAGCCAAUGGCAACCUGAUGCCCACUGGAACUGACCCAGGCCUACUGCCCAUGGGCUCGGAGAUCCUGGUAGCAUCAAGUUUGGACGUGCAGGCCAGAGCCACCUUCCCAGACAAGGAGCCAACGCCACCCCCCAUUACCUCCUCCCACUUACCCUCCCAUUUCAUGAAAGGCGCCAUCAUCCAGCUGGCCACGGGGGAGCUGAAGCGGGUGGAGGACCUCCAGACCCAGGAUUUUGUGCGCAGUGCCGAAGUGAGCGGGGGACUGAAGAUUGACUCUAGCACGGUCGUGGACAUUCAGGAGAGCCAGUGGCCCGGAUUUGUCCUGCUACAUUUUGUGGUUGGUGAACAGCAGAGCAAAGUGAGCAUCGAGGUGCCCCCCGAGCACCCCUUCUUUGUUUAUGGCCAGGGUUGGUCCUCCUGCAGCCCUGGGCGGACUGCACAGCUCUUCUCUCUGCCCUGCCAUCGGCUCCAGGUGGGAGAUGUCUGCAUCUCUAUCAGUUUACAGAGCUUGAAUAGUAACUCAGUUUCUCAGGCCAGCUGUGCACCCCCGGGCCAGCUGGGUACCCCCCGAGAAAGACCUGAGAGGACAGUCUUGGGACCCAGAGAGCAAUGUGACAGUGAAGGGAAGAGCCAGUCAUCAGGUGAGGGCUCCCGAAUGGUCGAGCCCUCCCAGCCGGAGCCUGGCGCUCAGGCCUGCUGGCCAGCCCCGAGCUUCCAAAGAUACAGCGUGCAAGGGGAGGAGGCGCGGGCUGCACUGCUCCGCCCCUCCUUCAUCCCACAGGAGGUAAAGCUGUCCAUCGAAGGGCGUUCCAAUGCGGGCAAAUGAACCUCUCUCUCAGACCAGGGCUGGGACUUUACCCAGAGCUGGCCUAACGCGAGCAGGCAGAGGAUUUGCACACGCCGAGCCGGGAAUGGCUCUCUUGGCAGUGAGAUUCGGGGAGCGAGGGGCGGCACCAAGGCGGCCUCCUGAAGCAGGGUCUGUGCUAAUUACCCCAUGGCAUCCUUUCAGGAUAGCCCAGGAGGGUGCUGUGAUGGGGAGCAGCAGGCCUGGGCGGAGGAAGGAAGGGGGUGCACACAAGAUAAGAAACAUUCCAAAUAUCAGGGCCUCCCUGUUCUUUCCUCCCCGCCCCUGUCUUCUGCAAGGGGAAAGUCAGGCUUUGGAGCAGGUGGCAGUGGGAGGGAGCAAAGAAAGAGCCAAAAAUGAUGAUCCACAGCUUAUAGUAGCAGUUCAACUGUCUGAAGUUUUUUCCCUUUCUUUUUCUGUGGUGGGAGGACUGAAGGCCCCUUGGGUGGAAAUAAGAGGGUUCCCACCCAGAAAGAACUCUUUUCUUUUGAGAGCUGUGCACUUUAAAGGGUAAUUUUGUUACAGAUAUCUGUGGCUGGGUUUGUGGGGGAGGAGCACUCUUCCGUGGACUCCUCUUGAUCCCCUUUCCCACCUCUCCUCACUGAUCCUCCCACAAGGCUUCUAGAACCAGGAGAGAGAAGCCCUUCCGGCACUGAGAGAGAAGUACUGCCUUGGCAGAGACCCCGUCACGGGACUCUGGGAGACAGACGUGAUGGCCAGGCUGCCGGGCUCUAGGCAGGGCUUCAGGAGAGGUAGCUGACCUGACACAGCCCCUACUCAGCAUGCCAGACCUGCUUCAGAAUUCCUGAAUCUCUAGUCGGUAAUGGUGACUUUUGAAAGAACCAGUGUACUGGUUCCCCCGGACCCCGUCCCCCUCCUGUCUCUAUGUUGUGCCUAAGUGCCUGCGCUGCCCCCGCCCUUCCGCUGCCCUAACUCUGCAUGGUGUUUGGACCUGGACCUAAUUUGUAGCUGCACUGCCUUUCCCCUUCUGCAAAACUGGUUUUGUCCACUCUGCCCAAGACCUCUAGUUUUUGGUGUGUAGGGGUCUCCCUGGUUUCCCCCUCAGUUGUAUUGCCUAUUUUAAAACAAGAAUCAUGUCCCCUCCUCUUCUGCAGCUGACCAGCUUGGUGGAGAAGCCAGAAGGGAACUGCCCUGGGUCAGGGCAGACACCUGGCUGGGCAGGGCCUGCGCCGGCAUAGUCACACCCCAUCGGGCUUCUCCGAGCCGUGCCCUCCGUCAGCCCUGCGGUCCUGAGACAGUCUCGAUAACCUUUCAGUACCUGAAGUCUCUUAGGUUUUGUUUCGUGGUGGAGUGUUCCUCUGCAUUGAGUACUUUCAAUCUUGGUUGCAUUUGCCCCCUAUGUCUUAAACCCAUAUUUUCUUCACUACUUUAGCAUCAGCUUGGACUGUGGGAUUCUACUGGGUAUUGAGAAUUUGACUCUCCCACCAGCUUUCAGGUGGGCGGGCGGGUUUUUGUUUGUUUCUCGGGGGUCUUUAGACUCUUGAAGCAACUCAGGGUAUUGUCCACCCAGCUCUCUGGUGAGACUUCUCUAGGGUAUGAACCCGGCAUUUCCUUUAAAGAUGGACCGGCUGGGGCUUCGCCUCUCGGCAGGAGUCCCAAACCUCCAAGGUCUGGUCUCUGCUCUGUGGAAGACUUUGGGCAAGUCUUGUGACCUCUCGCUUUUCACUUCCUCCCCAGCUGCCAAAUGGGGAAAAAUAAUCUUACCUACCUCCUGGGGGGAGGGGGAGUUCUGAGAAUGGACUCAUUCUUAGUGUUCAGGUGCUAAAGGUUGUUCUCCUAAGGGAACAGUGACUGAGACUGGCUUGUUUGCUACAAGCCCCACACUCCACAGCUUCAUUCUCUGAGAGCAUUCACCUGGUCAGUGGGCAUUGGAGGUCCAUCCAAAGGCAACUGCUGACCUGACUGCGAGUAUGUCAGUCUCCCAUUCACCUCAGAACCAAACACUCAACCCUGUACGCAUUUGGGAUCAUGUCUUUCCCUUCUCUGACCCCCUUCUCUCUGAAUGCUGCUUUUGCUGGCUGGUUUCCUGCAGUGGGGGCUGGCGGGGCUGAGUCUGGAGGAAUCCUUUCUGAUGACUAUCCCAGGAGAAGGCCCCCCAUCUCUGGCAGUCCCACAAGCAACUCUUCACUAGGCUUUGUUAUUCGCAUGGGUCUCCCAGAAGCAUCCACCACAGGAAGGCUCACCAACUGAAUAUAGUGACAUCCACACAGUAGAUAUUUAAGAAGUGUUCAUGGACACCAAACCAACUCUCUUCCUGGGAGCAGAGCUGUAUCUACCCGGAUACAGGCCAGGUAGUUGAAGUCAGUCACAGUCCACUUCCCAGCCUGGUAACAUCCUCUUAAUCUGGAAAGAGAAAACCUAUUGCACCGGGUCAAGUCAGGCCCUGAUCUUUCUGCUGCUGUUCCUCUUCUGUCUCUUGCUGGUGAGGCAAUACCAGCGUCUCCCUUAAUACCAUGCUGUGCAUGUGUGAUAUAUAAGUACUUGGUUUUGCCGAUUUGCUGAGCUGCAGAGGUGUCUUUUGUAAAGUAUCGUCUCCCAAGAAAAGCAGCUCAGCUCUAAAUCUUGGUCAGAGCUGUGGCAUCCCCUCACCUUUUCCCUCUGAUUCAGUCUUUUCUUCCAGGCAUGAGACUAAGAAUAAUAUAUGGUGUGUCCAUUCUUCCUUACAGGAUUUUCACAAGUUUGCAGGAGAUCUAAGCGUGGUUUUGAAAGAGUAGGAAGCUGUUAGCUUUCUGGGAAUGGACAAGUGAAGGAGGCCAGAUAAUCCCUUGGCAGUAGGAGAUCAUUCGCAGAGCUUAGGGGUAGAAAGAAGGGCUGCAGACGCUACCCAGAGGCCUGUGCCUGUCAGGGAUCAGGGGGACCAUGCAGAGGAUGGGCGACUUGUCUAGGUUUGAGUCAUUCCUUCCAAAAGUAGUGGGAGUUGGGAGGGGGAAGAGGGCUUUGAUCCAAGGCAAGUCGGGGUCGGAGCUGUGUACUCAAGACCAUGGGGAGCCGCCCUGGCAGACUGGGCUGACCCCUCUGCUCUCGUGGUCCCAGAUGUUUGUCACACCAAGGGCUUUGGUCUGUGCUGCUUUGCCACUGCUGCUGUCUGCUCCCUGUCCUGCCUGCUGCCCGUAUAGAUCCCUGUCCUCCUGUGUCUUUGGCCACAUAGGUGAAAUCCAGGUAUCCUGUCCAUUCUUACCUGUGCAGGUGUUACUUCAUAGCAAAGUUCUGUUGAGUAGAGAGUAUGAAAUGCUGCUGGGCUGGUGAAUCCAAAGGGACGUGGCCUCAGUGCUUGUUGGGAGCCCUUUGGCUCCAAACAGCUCUCUGUCUUGAGGGACUAUUAGUGGGUGAUUUCUGUGAAUUAACUUCUUUCCUUUGUGGUAACUUACAUCCUGUUUUUAAAAACAAACGACAGGAACCAGGUUAGGGCCUGUGUCAGCAUUCCAGGGAGAGUCAACUAGCUCCAGUUACAUGGAUUCUGGGGUCUGAAGUUUGGUUGAAAUAGUCCCUCAAAUGGGGUUUAGUUUUAUUUUUACCAACAGGCACCAUAGGAGAUGUAGAGGGUGGAAGUAUGAUUUUCAAUCUGCAAUAAGCAGACCUGUUGAAGAGUUGAGUAAUCACACAGGAGAUGAACGAUGGACAUGAGUUGCCUGAGAAAGCACCUGGGCCCAUUGGAGUAAAGAGAAUCUGAGUAAUUGAAUUGGCCGUGGGAGAUUAGGCCACAACUUUGUAAGCAAAGUAAACAGGGCAGAGGCAAGUUUUAGUGAGGCUUCUUGGCCUCCUAGGGUGAAGUUUACUAGACCGCAGUGAAGCUACAAUACUUUCCAGAUGGGAAAAAGUGUACACUACAGUUGAGGAGCUAAACCAUGCUAGGUUGGAUGUUGACCAGGAAUCUAUUAGCCCUUUGCUGGGAAGCCUUCGCCCUCCAGCUUGCCUGGUAGGGCAGGCUUCCCACGUUAUGCAAUAAUAAAAUAAGCAUCUGGGUCUUUGCAGCUGUCAGUUGCUCUUUCAACUCUAGGAUCCAUCUUUGGGCCAGAAACCUGGUCUGGGCCUGGGAUGACACUGGCCCUGGAGAUGCUAGAGCCAACUGCACUCUCCUUACCUGCAGACUAUGCACAGUGCCUGGGAUGGAAGGAGAGCUGGUGCCGUUUGCCCCGCUGAGCCUCCCCAGCAGAGCAGUAGUAAUAAAUGCACUUUUCACACUAAAGGUUUCUUAUUAGUUCUUCUCUUACGCCUAGAUUUCCCCCUGUAGGUUGCAAAUUCAAAGUCUGUGUGAUCCCAAAGCCACUCUACUGCAAAUGCCCAGCAGUGAAGGUGGCCUCGAGUUGGGUUCCUGUCUGCGGUGUGUGGCAGCAGCCCUUGUGCCUUUACCUAUUGUCAGACUUGCAUUUAUUUCUGUCUUUGACUGUCACGGGGACUGAGGCUCUUCAGAGAGAGAAAGCUGAUGACAGUGGUUUUUACACCCACUCCCUGGACAGGGAGUUUGCACGAAGUUGUGAGUGGUUAGUGCAUUGCUGGUAUUGCUGAACGCAGGGUUCAUCCCUCACUGUCUUGAUACUCACGUUUGAAAGAAUCUAGAUUGUGUUGGGGAAGAGACUGACAGUGCACGUGGCAAACUUGAAGUAUUAAAAUACGGCUGUCCCCUGCAACCUUCCUAGUCACACACAGGAUCCCUGUAGCCAAAACAGUGUAUGUUCCAGCUGCAGAGAGCAGACUGCUCUCAGCUUGCACAGCACCUUAGGGGAGGGAAGAAUACAUGGAUAGGGAAUGGGGUGGAGAAAGGAGGACGGGAAUGUUGUCAUCCAGGUGGCUUUAGGGUCCUGAGAAGUGAGAAGGAUGGCACUGGGGAGGUCUGGAUGGAUCUGAUUUGUGUAGGAUUCCCUGUAGAUAAAUUACUGAUCCCCCAAUUACUAUCCCCAGUAUGUAAUGGCUGAAUUAAUAUGUAAUCAACUGCAUUGUAUCUAAAGCCUUAGAACUAGUCAGGUGCUCCCCCCACCCAACACCAUUUCUUACCCUCUAAUCCUACCUGAUCUUUAACAAAGCAUUAAUAAUUCUAAGGAUAAUCUCUAUUUUGUUGUGCUUUUUUGUAACUGUUUUAAAUAAAUCAAUUUGUACUGUAUAUUUGUACUUUUGUGAGAUCCUUUUUGCUGUUUUACCAUUUUAAGUCUCUGUACUUGGCUACACACAGAUUGUAUUUUUAUUGUUAAUGCUCUUCUUAUGGAUACCUGCAUUUAACUUGUGGACUAUGUAAACACAAUAUAUAUAUCAAUAUCUAUAUAUCUAUAUAUCUAUCUAUAUAAACUACUAGCUUU